GAGGAUCCACCCCCUCACCAUCAUCAGAGUGGAAUCCUCGGGGAUGAGAAUAUUGAUGUUAAAGAAGAGUAUAAAGAGGAGGAUGAGGAGUAUGGAGUGAUGGAGGAGUUUUCAGAAGGACACAAGGAUAUGAUGGAGCCACCUAAUACCAGGAACCCACCAGAGAGAUGUCCCCGUCCUCUGUAUUCCCGAGAUUCCACACAGGAAGGUCACACCAUCCCUCACUAUUACAAGGUUGGUGGGAUGGAGAAUCUAGAACAGGGGUGGGCAAACUUUUUGACUUGAGGGCCGCAAUGGGUUCAUAUAUUG